AUGGAAAAUGUAAAUUUCAGAAAAAAAUUAGAGACUAAAGAAAUCAGAUCUAAAUUAAAAACACCAGAAAGAACAAGACCAAAUUCUUGGAAGCACAAAGAUAAUGAAAUUUUAUCAAACACCAUUCCCAAUAAUCACAGUCAAACUCGACAAAACGUUCAAAAUAAUAUGAAUGAUAUAAAGAAAGAUACUACUUCUCAUACUAUAGGGUCAAAAACGACUGGGUAUAAAUUCAAAUUUCCUCGUUCUAAUUAUCCCAAAGUAGAUCCCCGACUUACCGAUCCAACAGUUACCAAUAGAGAAAAACUAAUUUCUAUGGAACAAGAAUAUUACGAAGAGUUUCCAUCUAAGGAUAUACCGGAGAAAUCAUCGAAAAAUUAUAAAUUUAAUUGGCAAAGAAAUGCUAACAUAUCCGAUUACACGGAGAAUCUUAUGGAUGAAAUAUCGCAUAAAAAUUCUAGAUUUUCUAGAUAUAAUUCGAAAAACGAAAAAUUCACUAAUUCCAGGAAAUCUAACGACACGUUGAAAAAUUGGAACGAGACAAAUGCUAGCAGAAUUCGAUCCAGAACUUGUUCACCUCCCAUCAGUCGACGAAAAAGAAGUAGAUCUUUUUCCAAAACGUUCUACGAGGAAUUGAAUCAACAUGAAGAUCAACGAAAUACAGAAGAUUCGGAAUAUAUGAAUAACGAUGAGCCUCGAUUUUCACAAAAUUCAAAUUCAAACGAAUCCGUAAAUGAACCAAAGUUUGUGGAUCGUGGAGUGGAUAAGGACAGUUUAUCCGACUUGCAAAAUGUUUGUACAUCCACUGAACGAUUGUUCAGUUCGAGGACAACGAUUGUGGAUCCUUUGUCGGAUACCGGUAAUACAAGAGUUAGCUUCUGGGAGUUCAUUCCAUUGGACGAUAUCGAUGAUCAAAAAUGCGAAAAGAUUACUGAACAAGAAAGUAAGAGAACUGGUUUUCUGCACCAGCAAGUUCGUUUAAGUAAUGAGAAUUAUUCUUCCACUAAACGUUCGCCCAAUAAUUUUAUUAGAGUUGAGAGAAGAACAGAAGUUCAAAAAGAUAUCAGAAAAAUACCCGAAGAAAAUUUUCCGAAUUUCAAAUUAUACGAAAAAGAAUUUCCGAAAAGGUUAAAUACGGAAAAAACUGCGUUGUUCAAUUCUUUUCAGAACGAACGAUACAAUGAUAGAUCAAAUACUACUGAGGCAAAGUUUAUGAAUUCUAACCUCGAAAGACAGAGAAUAAUGUAUUCGAAUAUUCCUAUAAAAAUGAAAAUUGUCAAUACAUCGAAGACUCAAGAACGAUGUAAUUACGAAUCCAAAAGUCAAACCAAGAUCGGCAGUAGAUUUAAUUUUGGAUGGACAAAUAAGACGAAUCGAUAUUUAAAAAGACCAGUCAGUGCACCGAAGCCUGAGAUCAUCGAAGACAAAAAGAAGAGAAUGAUGCAUAUGCAAAACGAUGCAUAUAAACAAAAGCUAAAAACAAAUAUUAUGGAGAGAACGGCGGCGUGUUUGAAACGCAAACUGGAUAAAACGAAAAUCAAGGAAGAUCUGGCAAUUUUGAAUCAGCAGAUAAUCCAGAAGAAGAUAAAGUCUGAACAGUCUGCCUCCAAAUUGCCUGUAAGAAUAGGAAAACGUCUUAGAUCGAAGAAUCCUAUCGCUAGAAAUCGAAUUAAUGAGGCAAUGUACGGUACCAAACAAGAAAAUAAAGAGAUAGAAAUAAAAGAAUUUAAUGAUACGUGUCAAUUGAACAAUAUAAGAUCUCGAACGAAACCGAAGUUGAGACCGAGCGUGAUAAUAGAUGAAGGGAUAAAUGUUACCGAAACUUCGAAGAAUCUUCCAUUGAUAGAGAAAAUGCAGUCUAUCGUGAAUGAUUGUAGAAUUGGAGUUAAAGCUAAUUUCAAUGAGGAUUUGAAAAAUGUGAAAUCAACAAUGAUUAAAGAUCACGAUAUAAAGAAAGAUGCGAAAUCUUUGAACGAAGAGGAUAAGAAUGUUGAGGUUAAAGAUAGAAUCGAGUCGAAAAAAUUUGUAAAUAUCGAGGAGAAUCGACGGAAGAGGAAUAACAUGAAUGAUAAUCGAGAGAUGAAUCAAAAGAAUUUUUCAAUAAGAGAAGAAAUCGAAGGUAUUUCAAAAAAUGGUUUGAAAGAGAAAUGUUUUUUUCGUUUGAACGAUAAUAUUACCUGUGAUAAUUAUUACGAUAAAGAAUAUAAGAACGUAAAUCCACUUCGAUCGCGAAACAUAUCAAUCAGAUCACAAUUUUGA